UGCGAGUGCGUUGAUUACGGGCACUUAUUGAUAUUGAAAUUUAAUUUUAUAUUCUUAUCAGUGCAUUGGAACGUUAUGUCAGGCAAGCGUCUGCUCGACGCUAUUCAGUUCCUAAACGUCGCCAAGUCCGUCGCGACAAAGCACCUUGCGGUGCGGCAACAACAGCUCGAUAUAUUUACCAGAACGUCAUCUCUUACAAAAGGCAUUAAGAGCCAAACUGAUGGGCUGAUUCUUACAGCCAAAGCAGCUGCGGCGCUUGCUAAGCGCUUCAAUGAUGGUUCUCCAUCUCAAUCUUCCACCACUUCCGCCCGUCCUUCCGAAUCCUCCCCUUCAACGCAGAAAGACCAGGAUAUCGAGCCGAAGAUACCGUCAUCAGUUACCGGUGCAAGUACAAAUAACGGAGGAGGUCAACUGAAAGCCAGUCCACAGCAGGAGGAAUUCUAUCAACCUUCGCGGGAGCCGGCUGCAGAGCCGGCCGGGACGCCGCGGGUGGAAGUGCCAAAAGCGACAAGUGAUACUCAAGUUGGGUUAGACGAAGAUAUCAAUGCGGAUGUAUAUCAACUGUUUGCGAAGGCUUCACCUGAAAGAAAUACUAGCGGACACACUGGGGCAGAUCGACUAAAUGUGAGUGCGCAGCAGGAGGAGACUUACCGGCCUGCGCCGGACCCUGCUGCAGGGCGUGCCAGGGCUCCGGAUAUUGUUUUACCACAAGCAACAAGUACCACGCAGACAAUGACGAAUCAGGGUGUCAAUGCAGACGUAUACCACUCACCCGUGGAUCCCAAGGCCGAGUUGCAACAGCAGGACCUUCCAGAUGAAAUGAUAAGAGAAUUGUUUCACAGCCCAAAAGUGGCUCGAUCUUUAUCUCAGAAAGCAGCAGCUGACUGGAGAUUCCGUUCCAUCUAUGCAAAAGAAAAAGGAGUGAAGCAAGCCGAAGAACAAAUUGUUGAAAAUGUUGAGCCACGUUUAGUUGAGGAUAUCCUUCCUUCGACCUCCAAGGUGGACGCAGAGAUUGUUGCAGAGCUCAAGAAGGACGAAGAUACCUAUAAAAUGGUUGAAUCACGAGUCCCAUCUUCCCGGCUAGGCCGACUCUGGCAGUAUGGUGGCCUAGCAACUUCUAUGGCUUUCGGAGCCGUUGGUGAGAGCUUUCGCAGGGUAACAGGGAGCGCUGAAGCGGCUGCUGGAUCACUUAUGUUUAGUGCCGGGAAUAUGGAGCGUCUUGUAGCUAAGCUAUCUAAAAUGCGUGGCGCUGCUCUAAAGCUAGGUCAAAUGAUCAGCUUUCAAGACUCAAAAAUGCUCCCCGACUCUAUUCAACAAGUUCUCCAAAGAGUGCAGGAUCGCGCAGAUUACAUGCCCGCGUAUCAACGAGAUAAAGUCCUGACAGACAACCUGGGGCCCAACUGGCGUGACCUCUUUUCGUCUUUUGAUGAGGUCCCUAUGGCAGCCGCCUCCAUUGGUCAAGUCCACGGCGCUACCCUCAAAAGUACAGGGCAGGCAGUGGCCGUAAAGAUCCAAUAUCCUGGAGUCGCAGACUCUAUUGACUCAGACCUCAACAAUCUCUCCAUCCUCCUAACAGCGUCGCGCAUCCUCCCCCGCGGGCUUUAUCUCGACAAAACAAUCGCCAAUGCCCGCACAGAACUUGCCUGGGAAUGCGACUACACCCGCGAAGCCGAAUGCGGGAACCGCUUCCGUGAGCUCCUCAAAGAUGACCCGGUUUUCUACGUCCCGCAAAUCAUCCCCGAGGCUUCCGGCAGAAACGUCCUUACAAUGGAGCGCCUCAACGGCAUCGCUGUCACAAAGAUCCAAACCUUCACCCAGGCCCAGCGUGACUGGAUCGGAACCCAGAUCCUGCGCCUGUGUCUCCGCGAAAUCACAGAGUUUAAAUACAUGCAGACAGACCCUAACUGGACAAACUUCCUCUACAACGCCUCCACCAACCGCCUUGAACUUCUCGAUUUCGGUGCCUCACGAGCCUACCCAGACUCCUUCAUUGACAAGUACGUCCAAGUACUCUGUGCGGCGUCCCGUGCAGACAGGGAGACAUGCCACGCUCUCUCCAUCGACCUAGGUUACCUAACAGGCCACGAGUCCAGCGCUAUGAUCGACGCCCAUGUCUCCUCCAUCCUCACCCUCGCUGAACCGUUCAUGGAUUCCUCACCUGACGUCUAUGACUUCCGCGACCAGACGAUUACAGAGCGGGUGCGUGAUUUGAUCCCCGUUAUGAUUCGCGAACGGCUUGCGCCUCCACCGGAAGAGACGUAUAGUUUGCACCGGAAGCUGAGCGGUGCAUUCUUGCUCUGUGCCAGGCUGGGCAGCCGCGUGCGUUGCAAGGAGUUGUUUAGGGAUGCGAUGGAGAAUCUGAAUAACGCCCAGGGGUAGCUACUUGUGGCCUAUCGAUGGCUAUUUCGUAAUUGUGUAUAGUAAUAUCGCCACCCUUGUAUAAUAUGUACUGAUACUGUAAUGA